AGGUGAAUGCGUCCUUUCCUGCAAGCAUUCCGGGCUACACUUCUGUUGAUGAUCUCAACGAAUCUUCCCUUCGAGCGUACAGAGUCAAGGUCACUUCUGGAUGCAGUAUCGGAAUCGAGUUCCGAAGCUACGGAAGUUCCAACAAAUUAACCAUUAAAGACAAUCUGGAAGCUCCAACGAUAUAUCGAUCAUACGAACAUGAAUCCCCGUCAAUUGAAGGCACGUAUAUCAAUUUUCCUAUGACAUCACUAUGGCUGCAGUCGGAUAUCAGUAAAAUGACAUCGGUUGUAAAGGUGUACGAGUCGUGUGUGAAUGGGAACUGCCAUCGUGGUACGUGUUCGUAUGGUGUAUGUUCUGACAUCACUAACGAGUAUUCUUGUCGAUGUGAACCGGGCUAUGGGGGUGUAAACUGCGUCCAAGAUGUCGAUGUAAAGGAAUGGAUCCUGGAUUGGCCCGAUGGUAGUCAGCAAGUACCACUGACACACAACAUAACUUGCAAAGUGAAUGUUCCUAUGCCUGACUGUGGGAUCGAGUACAUCCUGGAUAAUCGUGAAGUAAAUUACGACUCUUAUCUAUCGCUUGUCAUACGGUCCUCGGACAUUUCAGAUGCAAAUUCUACAUUUCUGACCGAUUCCAGUAGCAUUUUCGACGAGUACGGAUACUUGAACCGGUCGAACAUCUGGUUCCAGCUCUAUAGUGCCUCACCUACGAACGGUGUAUUAAUCAUGUCAGCCAAGUGUGACAUGUAUGAACAAGGGAUCAACUGUGCAUCGAAUCCAUGCAGCGAAAAUAGCGAUUGCUUUGAUCACGAUGCUGGCUAUAAAUGUGUUUGCUAUGUAGCAUACACUGGUGUAAAUUGCAGUGAAGUUGAAAAUAGGUUACUAGGUGCUAUGGAAUACAUUCAAGCCAACAAUACAAACAUGACGAUCGGAAUCUGUAACGAAUACCAUUCAUGUUCGAAUCUUGGUUGUAAUUAUGUCGCCUUUUACUUCAGCUGCAGCUGCGACAACUCAUGCGAGCAUUUUGAAGAUUGUUGUUGGGACUACCAAUUACUGUGCAAAAACAAGGACACUGGAGGGUUCAGCUUUGGAUUUGGAGUUGGUUUGGGAAUGUCUGGCUUUGUUGGUGAUGAUAACAUGGAAACCAUAGAAGUGCCUGAUUCGGUUCGCCCCAACAUGCUUUCAUGCGUUAAGGCAAAUACUGCGAGUUAUUGGUUUGUCACACGUUGCCCAUUAAAGUGGAAUAGUUCAGACACACAGGCAAGGUGUGAAGACACUGCUUCUUUCACCGAUGACCUACUGACAAUUGUGCCAGUGUCUCUUGAGUACAGGGUGACUUUCAGAAAUGUCUAUUGUGCCAUCUGCCAUGGUUUUCAACCUGCCAACAUCACACCUUGGCCUGUUCUUUUCAACUGCAGUGAUGGCUCUGUUUCACCUACAGAUACUGAUGAAAUGCUGGAUAGAAUCAAGAGAGGGGUGUGCAAUUAUACAUUCGAUAAUGAAUCUUCGUUCAAGAGAACCCCUGCAUAUCGAGAAUGCUUCAACGAAGUCCGAAGUUGUCCAGAAGAUUUUGCAGAUGAUACGAUUGCUGAUGCUUGUGUGGGUUUAGGGUUGCGGGCACCGUUGACACUUUCCUUGAAAAUGCCAUAUUUUUUCAAUGAAUACUGUCUCAAGUGUAAUCUUCCGGAUCGUCACUAUUCAGAGUUCACUUCUUGUUUCCAUUAUAUCAUAGGGGAGGGGACGACACCUAAAGGGUUCCCAAUCACACUUUUGGUAGAUUUUAAAGGUAAUGACGGUAUCCAUUUCAAAGUUGAUAAGACUUUUGUCCAGCAGGAAACAGUGGAAUGCGAAGAAGGAGCUGUCUUUGACAUUCUGUCGGGGAUAUGCCGUUCUCUUUCGUGCAGAAACGGCUUGUCUCUUCUUAACGGUGAGUGUACCUGGGCUGUCGAGUGUAAUGGGAAUCGUGUUGUAAUUGAAUUUGGUGGCUUGAACAAUUCAAUCAGAGAAUGUGAAUUAUUUCAAGAAAAUCAAGGUGUGAUGAAGUGCCUCACAGAAUUCCUUGGGAUAUCCUUGGAUGAACUUUCUUUAGUCCGUGUUUACCCCGAUGUGGAUCAGUGUAUCGCACAGGAUGUGAAUACAAAAAUGACGGUUGAGGUGCAAGUCGACAUGUCAUAUUCCACCUUGGUUAAAAUAAUUAAUAAUUCAUCAAGAGGUAAUUUAUGUGGAGCAUCGGUUUUGCAGUUCCAGCUGUAUUGCAGUGAUGAAGAUAUGCCUUGUCAAUUUGGAUGGAUGGAUGUGAAAUACGGCCAAGAUGUCUCCGAGGUCACCUUGAAUAAAAAACCUCAUCUGACAUUCAGAGGACAUCAUGCAGCACAGAAAUAUAAAUCUGUUGAAGUGAGAAGAACGGCGCAGUUGCAACGUUGGCAUGUCAAUGCGACGGUUUCUAUAAGAGAAGUAGUCCAGUUUUGUGUUGACCGCAUGGAAAAUGCUUCCGAUCCAGUAUCAGUGAUUCUUUCUUGUCCAAUUAUCACAAUGAAUGCUUCGGAAUUCCGUCAGCUUCAAACUGAGAAUCAAACAAUCCUGGUCCAUUUGGUGUCUGGCAUGCAAUUCAAUGAAUCUGAAUUUGGGAUAAGUAAAACUGGAAACAUUCAAGUGUGUUCAUUUUCAUUAGAGAAUAGCGGUGUUAUAAAUAUCACCUCUUCCGUGGAGUUUCUACAGUACUCCGACUCUCAGAGCAUUCUAAGUACUGUUUGCGUGACUGUCUCCCUCAUUUCUUUGAUAGUGACCCUCUCCACUCACAUCAUGUUUCCAUCUCUUCGGAAAUUGACCAAUAACAAACUCAUGAUGUUCCUUUGUGUGUUCCUGUUCCUUGCUCAACUUCUGACAGUUGUUGGUUCAUAUGCAUACCGCUUUCCCAUCCUCUGUAAGGUUGUCUCUGCAACUACCCAUUUUUGCUGGUUAGCUGUAUUCGCCACUACCAAUUGCCUUGCCUUCGAUUUACACCACACGUUUGGUUACAACAGGAGCUUCAACUUUGCGCAGACGAGUGUAAAGUCACUCAUUAGGUACCUAGUGUACAUCCCGGGUGUGUCGUUUUGUGUGGUCAUCCCUUGUAUCUGCAUUGACGCUAUCACCCAUUCGGAAGUGCUGGAUUAUUCAUAUGGUGGUCUUUGUUGGGUUGGUGAUGAUUUCAUGAGGUUCAUGGCAUUCGGUAUCCCAAUGGCAAUACUUUUGGCAAUUAAUGUGAUCCUCUUCUUUCACACCGCCCUUGGUAUCUGGAAGGGACAUCAGAAUGCUAAGAAGGUCGGGAGGAAAAACAUGCGACCAAGCUUCCAGGAGAGAUUUAACCUACUGAAAAUUUAUAUCAAGGUACGCAUAACGUAUAUCUUGGCAUGCUUAAUCAGGCCCUGA